AUGUUAACUCAAGUGCUCGCUUUAAACAUGACUUUCCAUCCCGACACUCUCCCCACUCUCAAGGGCAAAGUAUUCAUAGUCACCAGUGGGAAUUCCGGCAUAGGCUACUAUACCGUAUCCCACCUAGCAGAACACGGCGCCCACGUCUACAUGUGCGCCCGCUCCCCAAAGAAGGGCACAGAAGCCAUCACCAACAUCAAGAAAACGUACCCCUUAGCCAACAUUGACCUCCUGCAAAUAGACCUCACCAGAGUCGUCGCGGCCGCCAAGCACUUCCUCGCCCUCGAAACAUCCCUGCACAGUCUGGUCAACAACGCCGGUAUCAUGGCGACGCCCUUCGAAAUGACCAAGGAUGGCCACAAGGCCAAGUGGCAGACCAUCUACCUCUCGCACUGGGUUUCUACGGAGCACCUGCUUCCUCUAAUGCUGCGGACUUCCAAGACGCUUUCUCCUGGCAGCGUGCGCAUCGUCAACCUCACUUCAUCGGGUCACCUAAUCGCACCCAAGGGCGGCAUCAAUUGGAGGACCUGCCGCUCAAAGAUAGCGGCCCAUGGCCGCGCUACGGACAGAGCAAGCUCGCCAAUAUUCUGCACACCAAGACGCUACAUAAGACGUACGGCCCCGGCUCCCCCAGCGCGCAAGGGAGAGGGUGAAAUCUGGGUUUCGUCCGUGCAUCCAGGCAUGGUUGAGACGAACCUUGCCACGUCGGUGUGGGAGUCCGGGUCGAGCAUUUCGAGUGUUAUCUCCGUCAUGCGCAUGGUUGGAUUGAUAUGGCCUGCGGAUAAGGGGUCGUGGACUAGUUUGUACUGUGCGGCUAGUCGGAAUAUGAAGGCGGAGCAGAGCGGGACGUAUAUGGAAAUUUCCAAACGUUUUGGAGAGCCGAGGUGGCAGAGUGGUGCGUCGAAGGAUGAGUAG